UAAAACACCCUGCUGACCGUUUGACGGUAGCUGGGUUAUUUUCAUGUCCGUUUGGUAUUGAUUUGACAAACCAAGUCUGUGAUGAUGUGAAGGUGUCCGGUUCACCCAUUUGUGACUGAAGCACGUCAAAACCACUUUUUUUCCUUUUGCUCAGAAGUGUGUGUGAAGUCAGCCGUCUGUCUGGCACAGAUGUGUGUUGAUGUGCUUCCAGCUGUUCGUUGGGAAUCAUGAUGUCUAGACCUAUGGUCUGGCUGGACUGGAGGAUCCUCCCUUAUAGCCUGUGAGAUCAUCACACUUUUAAUUAGACCGGAUCCGUCAAUUAAUGGGAAGUCAGCUGGUCUCUCAGCCUUUUAAAAGCAGCAGACUCAAACCUUCAGCAGGAUUCUGACAGAGGCUCAAACAAGAUUUACAGAAGGAUGUCUUCCACUGUACUUUUUGCUGUUAUUUUGCUGGCUUGUGCCUUGAGAUUUAGUGCCGCUCAGACAAGCUGCAAAGGACGCUGUGGUGCUGAGUACUACAGGGGUUCCACGUGCCAGUGUGAUUAUAACUGCCUGUCUUAUGGAGAGUGCUGCAACGACUUUGAAUCUCAAUGCACCACAAAAAACUCAUGUAAAGGGCGGUGUGGCGAAAACUUCAAAAGAGGCCGGCUGUGUAGCUGCGACUCUGAUUGCAUGAAGUACAAGCAGUGUUGUCCAGAUUACAAGAUCCACUGUGAUGCAGAAGAGCCGACUCUGAAUGAAGCAAUAGAGCAGGAUUCUACAUUCAACGAGGGUAACAAUGCAGAUGACCAUUCAAUUCCACUGGUCAGUCCAACAUCAUAUCCACGAGAUGAUCUCAGUGAUGAUAUGCACAGCCAGAUUUUUCCCAAUGAUGGAUUUUCCAACAACGGAGUGGAGGACCCAGAGGCAAGUCAAAUCCCAGAGAGCACCAGCGGCUAUGGAUCGUCUACAGCUGACCUGCUGGAUCAAAUUUCUACUGAACCCACCCAGGAUCCAGAGACAUUUACAGUCUUCUCUCAGGCACAGACGACUCUCUCAGAUAGUAAAUCAACACAGGCCGAUGACAGCCCCUCCACCCUUUACCCCACCAUUGAAGAAGCCCCCACUGAGAGCACAGAUGCCAGUGAUCCUACCAGCUCAACCGACCCAGGAACAACUCUCCCUCAGCCCACAACAGCAGUUGACCAUGUCUCCAGCCAGCCUUCUCCAACCUCAGUACCCCAAACAGAGUAUUCUCCUACAGCCACCACCCUAGACCACGAGACGGUAGGGCAGGCAGAAGAGCAGCCAGAGGAUGACAUUUUUCCUGAGGCACAGAAUACAGAUCCGACUGUAGCCUCCUCAGAUAAGCCAGAGGUUACAACCCUACUCUUCAGCACAGCUUCCUACCCACCUGUGGCUUCAGUAUCCACAGGACCAACGCUGGACCCAACACCCAUCCCAGAGGCAACCGCUUCAAACCCCAAACCAGAUGAUAUUGAGGACAACGCAGAGGAUGUCACACCAGGCCCUCCCUCUUCUCUGGCAGACCUUGAAGAUCCUUCCAAUAGUAUUACUCCAGCGGCGUCCAGGAACCUGUCAGAGCUUGAUGCACUGACGACCCACAUUCUCUCAUCCACAGAUGCAGUGCAGGAUGACACUACAGAUGAUGCUACACCAAGAGUAACCACUGCUGAGCCACUAAAUGUCACCCCAGAGCUGACCAAACCCACAACAUCUGAAGCCACCUCAAAACCCCAGGACAAACCUGACCCUGUCAAGCCAACGCCAGCUAAACCGACUCUGGCUAAACCCAGCUCCAAACCUGAGACUAAGCCCCUGGACUCAACUGCACAAACUCUCACCGUAGACGAUCCUAGGAACUACCAAGGAGAUGACAGCAACGACACAAAUCUGUGUAGUGGGCGGCCGGUCAGUGCAGUCACUACACUGAGGAACGGCACAAUUGUGGUUUUCAGAGGGCACUACUUCUGGUUUCUGGACAGAAACAGGGUGCCUAGUCCGGCCCGUGGCAUCACACAAGUGUGGGGCGUCCCUUCCCCCAUUGACACUGCGUUUACCCGCUGCAACUGCCAGGGCAAAACAUACAUUUUCAGGGGAGCCCAGUACUGGAGAUUUGAAAAUGAUGUUUUGGACCCUGACUAUCCAAAGGUUAUUCAAACAGGCUUUGAUGGGCUUCGGGGCCACAUCACAGCUGCUCUGUCUGUACCUCAGUACCAGAGGAGGAGAGAGUCAGUUUACUUUUUCAAGAGAGGUGGACUGGUCCAGAAAUAUUCAUACCAGUUUGGCACCAGUCCAACAUGUGGCAGGAAACCCCAGCAUGCCAUUUACACAGUCCACAACCGAAUGGUUCGACAAGCAGUUUUGUUUCCAGUGUCUCUUCUAGGGCCAACUGUCAACAUCCGGACGUCUUGGAGAGGUUUCCCCUCCACCAUCACAGCUGCUGUGUCCGUCCCAAGCAACAGAGAACCAGAGGGAUACAAAUACGUUGUCUUCUCAAGAUCCAAAUCCUACAAUGUGCGGAUGGUUAGUGAACGUCCUGUCAUUGCUGCUCCUGCAGCCAACGCUUCACCUCAGAGCAACAACUUCUUCAAAUGCACAAAGAAAGUCUGAUUAAAGAAAGUUGUGUUUUUCUUAUAGUUUAAGUUUAUUGCAUUCUUCAUAAAACACACUGCUUCAGCAUGGACUGAUUACAAAAAGGUACUUACAAGCACAUUAAAAACGAAAGCAAAACAAAAAACAACAGGCUUCAGAACAAGUGAACAUUAUCGCUGAAUAUAGAAUCUGAAUACUCUGAUUGGAAAAUGUGUCGUGUUUCUGAUGGGAAUGGCAAGUUCUCCAGUCAUGGUUGUUUUCUCAUUAGUGCUUCAUCUCACGAAUCGUCUCCCAUGUACACCCCGAGAAGGAAAUCCCUGACCUGUUGAGAUAUAAAAUGUUUUUUAAAAACAACGCCUGCUAUACUGAUGUAAAAAUUCUGUCCAGUGGCUGUAUAAAAUCUGUAUGAAAUGUCUGUAUGAAACAAUGAUAGUGUUUCCUGUUAUUCUUAUCAACAUUAAACUGAAUUAUAAUACACCAACAUGCACCGCAAUUAAUGUUCAUUACGAGUUAGCGAAUGAGGAGACAAGAAGAUCAAUGAUUCAGUACUAUUUUUCAGGCAUGCAACAACUUAUAUAUAGAAACAUUAAACAAUUUGUAAUUUUAUAUGUGAUUUACAAUAAAUAUGGCAGUACUGUUUAAAAAA